AUGAACAGGAAAGACAGCAAAAGGAAGUCCCACCAGGAAUGCACGGGGAAGACGGGGGGGCGGGGCCGGCCCCGCCAAGCCCGCCGCCACAAGACAUGCCCCAGCCCCCGGGAAAUCAGCAAGGUCAUGGCGUCCAUGAAUCUGGGCGUGCUGAGUGAGGGUGGCUGCAGCGAAGAGGAGCUGCUGGAGAAAUGCAUCCAGUCCUUCGACUCAGCUGGCAGUCUGCGCCACGGGGACCACGUUCUCAACAUGGUGCUGGCCAUGCACAGCUGGGUGCUGCCUUCCACUGACCUUGCCACCCGUCUGCUGACCUCAUAUCCUCCCUGGUCCUACCAGAAGGCCACAGGGUCCACGCAGGAGCUCAGGCGGCUACAGAUCUGCCAUCUGGUCAGGUACUGGCUGACGCAACACCCAGAGGCCAUGCACCAGGAGCCCCAGCUCGAAGAAGUUAUUGACCGUUUCUGGGCCACCGUGGCCCAGGAAGGCAACUCGACCCAGAGGAGCUUGGGAGGCUCCUCCAACCUCCUGAGCCCUGGUGGUCCUGGACCCCCACUUCCCAUGAGCAGCCCGGGCCUGGGCAAAAAGCGCAAAGUGUCUUUGCUUUUCGACCACCUGGAGACUGGGGAGCUGGCUCAGCACCUCACUUACCUGGAGUUCCGGUCCUUCCAGGCUAUCACGCCUCAGGAUCUGCGGAGCUACGUGUUGCGGGGCUCCGUGCAGGGCUGCCCGGCCCUGGAGGGCUCCGUGGGCCUCAGCAACAGCGUGUCCCGCUGGGUGCAGGUCAUGGUGCUGAGCCGCCCGGGCCCGGCGCAGCGCGCGCAGGUGCUGGACAAGUUCAUCCACGUGGCACAGAAGCUCCACCAGCUGCAGAAUUUCAACACACUGAUGGCGGUCACCGGGGGCCUCUGUCACAGUGCCAUCUCCAGACUCAAGGACUCCCAUGCCCACCUGAGCCCUGAUAGCACCAAGCUCUCCCUGGAUCUCUUCUACACGGAGGACGAGAUCUACGAGCUUUCUUAUGCCCGGGAGCCCCGAAGUCCCAAGAGUCUGCCACCUUCCCCCUUCAAAGCGCCUCUGGUGGUCGAGUGGGCCCCUGGUGUGACACCCAAGCCAGACAGGGUCACUCUGGGUCGGCAUGUGGAACAGCUGGUGGAGUCCGUGUUCAAGAAUUAUGACCCUGAAGGCCAGGGAACCAUCUCUCAGGAAGACUUUGAGCGACUCUCAGGCAACUUCCCCUUCGCCUGCCAUGGGCUUCACCCGCCCCCCCGCCAGGGGAGGGGCUCCUUCAGCAGAGAGGAGCUGACAGGGUAUCUGCUCCGAGCCAGCGCCAUCUGCUCCAAGCUGGGCCUGGCCUUCCUGCACACCUUCCACGAGGUCACCUUCCGCAAGCCCACCUUCUGCAACAGCUGCAGCGGCUUUCUUUGGGGUGUCACCAAGCAAGGCUACCGCUGUCGGGACUGUGGGCUGUGUUGCCACAAGCACUGCAGGGACCACGUAAAGGUGGAGUGUAGGAAGAAGCAGGGGACCAAGGGUGACGUCCCACCCACGCCUGUUCCCCACGCCGGCUGUGGCUCUGAGGAAAAUCUCUCCUACACACUAUCCCUGGACGCUGAGACUGGGAGCCACCUUCGCCAUGCUUGGACCCAGACAGAGUCCCCACACCCUUCCUGGGAACCAGAGACGAUCCCCUGUCCAGCGACGACCCCACCAUCCACCCCUUCCCUCAAGCCGGAUUCCUAG